AUGGUCGAGCAAAAACUUAUUGGUGAAACUCAAAGAGAUCUCCUUACUGCUGUGGAAUAGUUGAGAGUUUGCGAUAGAUCUCUCUAGCUGACUAAGAACCAACUUGCCAAGACUGAGAUCACUCUUAAGGCUGUUGAAGAUAGAAAGGCAGACAGCAAAAUCUACAGAUCUAUUGGUAGAAUGUUCAUCUAGUCAAACCAACAAGAUAUCAUUGUCGAGUUAAAGGACAACAUUAGAUCAAUCACUACUGAGCAGGGCAGAUAUACUGAACUAAAGAAGACAUAUGAAGCCAAGAGAGAUCACUACGUUAAGGUUCUAAAUGAUUUAUCAGCAAGCAAGCAAUGA